AGAGUUUUGCUCUUGUUGCCCAGGCUGGAGGGCAGUGGCACGAUUUCGGCUCACUGCAACCUCCCUCCUUCUCCCAGGUUCAAGUGAUUCUCCUGCCUCACCCUCCAAAGUGGCUGGGAUUACAAGCAUACGCCACCAUGCCCGACUAAUCUUGUAUUUUUAUUAGAGAUGGGGUUUUGCCAUGUUGGCCAGGAUGGUUUCGAACCCUUGACCUCAGAUGAUCCACCCGCCUCGGCCUCCCAAAGUGCCGAGAUUACAGGCAUGAGCCACCGCGCCCAGCUAUCUGACUACUUUUUAAGGAGGUUCAAACUUCAGAAAUAACUGUAAAUAUUUGUUCAAAUAAGAGAAAUAUUUAGUCUAAAAUAUAAGUCAAAGAAAGAGUACGUACAGAUUAAGCUGUGUUUGCUGUAAAAAAUGUACACAUUUAUUGUCUAAUAAUACAUCAGUAUUAAAACUCAGUUAUGUUUCCUUUAUUGUACUGCACAAUUAUAACCAUUUACAAUUAUUGGUAGUUUAAAUAACUGAGAUAAAUACUGUAAUUAUGUAGACUUCAUUACUUGAAUAUUUAAGAAACAAUUUUCUUCCCAUAUGUAAACUUUUAUAUUACCUUUAUUUAUUGUUUUAAUUUUACUUUUUCUGUUUCAAUCUUAGAUUCAGGGAAAAAUAUUAAAUUAUUUCAUUAUCACCUUGGAGCCACAUUGCUAAAUAGUUCAGAUAUUACAAAUCUUUAGCCAAGACCAAAUUGUGUUUUUUUUCAAUUUAUAGCCCAAUUAUUAAUAUUUAGAGACCAUGUUUCUUUUAUGCAGUUUUUGGUAUCAUCUUUUUCUAUAGCACUACAUUUUGCACAGUUAUUUCUUGCCUUUUAUGGCCGGGAAUCAAAAUACAUACGAACUUCAAUUUUGUUGUAAUAAACGUUAAAAUUUGUGAACAUUUUUAGUACUUCAGUAAAAAGCUCACUCAUUGGCAGAAGCGUUCCCCAGAUCAGGAAAAAAGGAAUUAGGAUUAUCUAUGACCACAAAGUAACAUUAAUUAAUAGCAGUCUUUGGGAGCAAGCAGCAGCGCCUUUAAAUCUUAGAUUCUCUUGUGUCUGCAAGUUAUCUUUUAUCUUUCAGCUGUGAAAUUUUAAGUCUAUGAAGUAAUACCACGAGCAAAUUAGCAAUAGGAUUGCAAGGUUUUUAUAGUCCCGUGCUGUAGAACAAUUAGCAGUAAUUUGAAAAAGACCGUCCAUAACGCUGUUUUCGGUCUGCGGCUAAAUUUGCAAUUGCAUAGUUUCAUUAAAGAUAACUGGAAAGAGGGCCCAGAAGUUGUUCUAGCAAUCGGCAGCAGUUUAUCUAUUUUAAAUUGUAAUGCAUGCUUUUUUUUCCUCCUACUGAAAACAAUGGCAGAUAUGCUAAAGGAAAGGACACAUUCUUGAACGGCUAAAUGGUUUUUCCAGAUAGCCAUUUACGGAGUGCACUCAAUUGCCACUAUCUGGCUGAAAGCAAAAGCACACACGACCUCCCCUUUUCUUUUUUCCCUUUGCAAAGCGAAACAGGCUAGACGUGUUCACGUGAUGUGAAUGACGUCAGCCCCCGCCGGGUCGCGUGACCUACACCCAAGCCUUCCUACUACCUCGCCCCGACCGCCAGAGUGGGAAAUAUCGCGAGAAUUCGCCUUACUAUCAGAAUUUACUGAGAUUACAGGGGAGUUUACUCAGAAGGGAAGGGAAGGUGUGGUUGAGCGGCGGAGUUUUUGCUUUCAUUCUUUCAACGUUCACAGCCAAAGCAAAGGCCUUUGGGGAUUGCCAGAGUCUCAGCCACCAUCCUGGAAAACAGCGGGGGAGGUGGGCCUGGAGGUGGCAAGUGAAAUGUGGCUCAGUGGCCGUCAUUGCCCCUUGCAGAAGGGGCUGCGGGGGAGGGAGAAAACCUGCGCCCGGUUCUGGGGAGCUGGCGACGCAGUGAACCCCGCUGAGGCUGGGUUUUGCCCCCACAGUCGCUGGUGGCUGUGGGAAGGGUUGGGACCCUUCUCUGAGAGCAAUGAACAGCCCACAUCCGGCCCCUGCUGUGUCAACUCCGAGCGGCGUGGAGAUGAAGUGGUUGCUCUCCCUUGCUCGGCCCACCGGGUGUCGUGGCCCGGGAGCCGGCCUGGAAAGGUCCCUGCUUCCCGGCGCCCAAAACAGGGGCGUGGGCUUCCGUGACCCACGGCGGCUGCCCCGGGCCAUCCUCGAGUAGCCUUGCAUCUUCCCGCUCAGUCAGCCCCAGAUUGAAGCAGCCUUCUCUGUGCGGGUUUAAAUGGGUAACUGUGACGUCUCGCCUCAUUCACCCAAACCUCCAGUCCUCUCCCCCGCACAUCCUCCUCCACCAACCUGGUUUCUCCCUAGACUGGUGUGCUCGUGAGUGCAACCAAAGGAGGGAGAGCGAGAGAUCCACGAAGGGACAGGCUUGGAGUCGCUAGAGGGAGGUGUGGGACCAGCGAGGAGGGGGCUUCGCCAGGGAGGGGGUGCUGGCAAGCGGAGGGAGCGGCGGGAGGAGGUGCCGGGGGAGGAGACGGAGGCCUGGGGACGGCAGAAGAGGCUUCGCCUGAGCCGAGCGCUCUUUCUCUCGCCGCGCCGUCUUGAAGCCGCGCGGGCUCGUGAGCAGCGCGAGGCAGACAAGGUGCCUCGCUUCGCCGGAGCCGCUGCUGCCCGCCGGAGGGAAGCCGGCCUCGGCCGCGCACGCUCGCCGGAGCCCCGGCGCGCCCCGCGCCUGAGCCUGCUGACAGCUGCCGCUGGGCUCAGGCUGUCCGCUCUGGGCUCCGCGGCCUCGGCUCCGCUGCACUCCACCUCCGCCCCCUCGGACUCCCUCCCCUCUGCUUCUACCCCUUCUGCUCCAGUGCGGAUCGUUUCGCAACUGCUUGCCACUCGCCCCGUGCCCGGUUGUUUUUCCAUUUCCCGGCCCCCUCUUCUUGAGUACUUUACCCCCUGCAUUUGGGGACAGGGACUGGAAAAGGGGCGGGUGGAGCGUCCAGUGGAGAAGAAGGAAGCGAGGCCCGCAGGAGGAGGAGGAUCGGCGGACCGUGGGGAGGAGACCCCACGCCACCCUUUCUGGUCAUCUCCCCUCCCGCCCCGCCCCUGCGCACACUCCCUCGCGGGCGAGCUACUUUCGGACCAGGAAAGUAAGGGCGGCCCUGGGUGACAGCGCCGCGGGGCCAGUCCCGGGGUUAGCCGCGCGUCUGCUCGCUUCUGGUCCGUCGCGCUCACAGCCAGGGCACAGCUCGGACCGAGGAUGGCUUCGACCACAACCUGCACCAGGUUCACGGACGAGUAUCAGCUUUUCGAGGAGCUUGGAAAGGGGGCAUUCUCAGUGGUGAGAAGAUGUAUGAAAAUUCCUACUGGACAAGAAUAUGCUGCCAAAAUUAUCAACACCAAAAAGCUUUCUGCUAGGGAUCAUCAGAAACUAGAAAGAGAAGCUAGAAUUUGCCGUCUUUUGAAGCACCCUAAUAUUGUGCGACUUCAUGAUAGCAUAUCAGAAGAGGGCUUUCACUACUUGGUGUUUGAUUUAGUUACUGGAGGUGAACUGUUUGAAGACAUAGUGGCAAGAGAAUACUACAGUGAAGCUGAUGCCAGUCAUUGCAUUCAGCAGAUCCUGGAGGCUGUGCUACACUGCCAUCAGAUGGGCGUGGUCCAUCGGGACCUGAAGCCUGAGAAUUUGCUUUUAGCUAGCAAAUCCAAGGGAGCAGCUGUGAAAUUGGCAGACUUUGGCUUAGCCAUAGAAGUUCAAGGGGACCAGCAGGCGUGGUUUGGUUUUGCUGGCACACCUGGAUAUCUUUCUCCAGAAGUUUUACGUAAAGAUCCUUAUGGAAAGCCAGUGGAUAUGUGGGCAUGUGGUGUCAUUCUCUAUAUUCUACUUGUGGGGUAUCCACCCUUCUGGGAUGAAGACCAGCACAGACUCUAUCAGCAGAUCAAGGCUGGAGCUUAUGAUUUUCCAUCACCAGAAUGGGACACGGUGACUCCUGAAGCCAAAGACCUCAUCAAUAAAAUGCUUACUAUCAACCCUGCCAAACGUAUCACAGCCUCAGAGGCACUGAAGCACCCAUGGAUCUGUCAACGUUCUACUGUUGCUUCCAUGAUGCACAGACAGGAGACUGUAGACUGCUUGAAGAAAUUUAAUGCUAGAAGAAAACUAAAGGGUGCCAUCUUGACAACUAUGCUGGCUACAAGGAAUUUCUCAGCAGCCAAGAGUUUGUUGAAGAAACCAGAUGGAGUAAAGAUAAACAACAAAGCCAACGUGGUAACCAGCCCCAAAGAAAAUAUUCCUACCCCGGCGCUGGAACCCCAAACUACUGUAAUCCACAACCCUGAUGGAAACAAGGAGUCAACUGAGAGUUCAAAUACAACAAUUGAGGAUGAAGAUGUGAAAGCACGAAAGCAAGAGAUUAUCAAAGUCACUGAACAACUGAUCGAAGCUAUCAACAAUGGGGACUUUGAAGCCUACACAAAAAUCUGUGACCCAGGCCUUACUGCUUUUGAACCUGAAGCUUUGGGUAAUUUAGUGGAAGGGAUGGAUUUUCACCGAUUCUACUUUGAAAAUGCUUUGUCCAAAAGCAAUAAACCAAUCCACACUAUUAUUCUAAACCCUCAUGUACAUCUGGUAGGGGAUGAUGCCGCCUGCAUAGCAUAUAUUAGGCUCACACAGUACAUGGAUGGCAGUGGAAUGCCAAAGACAAUGCAGUCAGAAGAGACUCGUGUGUGGCACCGCCGGGAUGGAAAGUGGCAGAAUGUUCAUUUUCAUCGCUCGGGGUCACCAACAGUACCCAUCAAGCCACCCUGUAUUCCAAAUGGGAAAGAAAACUUCUCAGGAGGCACCUCUUUGUGGCAAAACAUCUAAGGCCUGAAAACCAUUCACAUAUGGGUCUUCUAAAUAUCAACAGUGCCACUUCUGCAUUCUCUGUUCUCAAGGCACCUGGAUGGUGACCCUGGGCCGUCCUCUCCUCCUCUUCAUGCAUGUUUCUGAGUGCAUGAAGUUGUGAAGGUCCUACAUGUAAUGCAUAUGUGAUGCAUCAUCUUAUCAUAUAUUCCUUCCUAUACAUUGUUUACACUUCAACUACGGGGAUGUUCCACGCAAACUUAAAUUACUGUUGUCAAAACUAUAGGGGGAGAUUAGACCAAAAAAAAAAAAAAAAUCCACAAUAUUCAAAGUACAACUCUUCAUCAGGUUUCUCUGUUAAUGCCAAGAUUUAACAGACUUAAGAACUAUUGUUCUCUGAAUGACAGUUUGUAAGAGAAAUGUAAAUUUUUUAGAACUCUUUGCUGUUAAUCUGUUUUGGCUUGUUUGGGUUUUUUUUUUUUUUUUUUUUUUUUUGAGGUAAAAAAAUACACCUUCAGUUUCCUGGUGUGAUCCUGGUUAAAAUGGAUGAUUUUCCAUUGAAAGUUUUUCUGAUUAACAGUUAAAGUGGGUUGAUAUGUGGGCAAAAUCACUUAUGAAAGUAGAAGCAAGAAUCAGUUGGUUUGCUACCACAUAAAGCCAUGCUGUUUUUGGUCAAACUGUGUAAACUGGAAAAAUUCACAUCAUUACUGAGUUUAAUCACUUUAGGAUAUAUUCACAUUGUUUUGGUGAAUUUGCUGAAUUGAAUUGUUUCUCUUUCUCAAAUCUGUGAUCUCUUUUCUUUAUCCUGUUUCUUUGUUUCUUUCGUUUGCUUCCUUUUUUAUUUUUCUUUUGUUCCAUUCUUUUCUUACUUUUUUCCCUUUUCCUUUUUUGGGGAGGCCGGCUAGUACUGUGUGAGAAAAGAAUAAAAGUGAAAUUUGCAUAAUGAAGGUAAAAGGGAAAUAAAAGUCUUUUGAAGGUAGCUAAACUAGCACUUUUGAUCAUCUUCAGGGCCCACAAAAAUGUUGUCAAGAUUUUAAAGGUUUAUAAUUCUGCUUAAGCUCUAGUUUGGACUUAGGUAUCCUAACUAUGUUGGAGGUAUUUGCAUUGUUUAAAGUUAGGAUAAAAGCAAGUUCCUCCUGUGACUGCAACGUCUUACUGAUUGGGACAGUUGCCAGGAGGAUACCAAGUUGAUAGCAGAGAGGGUUUUAUGUAAACGCACUCACCUCCGCCUUGGGGAAUGAAAGGGUCACUUCUGCAUCAUCACUAGCUAGUUUUCUAGCAUUAGAGAGGCUUACAAAUGUUUGCCAUUCUCAUAAGUGUUUUGAACUUGAUCUUUGUGACUUGUGCUUUUUUAGCUUCUCUCUUGAAUCAGAGUAUCAUUGUCUUCCUCCAAGGAGUUAGGAUUUCCCAGUUUAAAACAAAAAGGGAAAUGUCCUAGGUUUUCUUUGUGCUUCUCAUUUUUCCUUUGUUGAUUCAGUUCCUGUGAUUUUUGUUCUCUUCCCUGAAAUGCUUUACAGUGCAUGGACUCUCCAUCAUUGUUAUUUUAACGAUAGUAAUUCACAGUCCUCAGAAGCCUAUUUUCAAAGCAGAAGCAAAAAAGAAAAACAAAACAACAAAAACAACCCUUCCUCUUUUCUCUCAUCUCACCUUUCUGUGUUGAUUACUAAUCAUCUUAGAUAUUAUUGCUAGUGGAUGUAUGGUAGAUGGGUUGAAGCUUUUCUGAUAAUUAUUACACAAUUUAAAACAAUAUAUAUUUAAAAUAAAUAUAUACAGUAAAUAUAUUGAGCCAUGUUAACCUGCCAAUGAGAUCUGUGAAAAAAUAAUGGCCUCAUUUUUCCCUUUUUAAUUUCUUUUACCCUUUUGUGAAGCAGCUAUACGUGGCAUACAUGUAUUUAAAGAAAAAAAAUAGGUGUAGAGUGUUUUUUUUACACUUUUAACUUAGCAUGUGGUGUUGAAGUAUUACUGUAGAUCAAGUUUGUCUUCCGCACUAAGAUGUGAGGAAAUUGUGAUUUGUUCUCUCCACCACAAAUGAAUUACACAUUUAUUAUCUUCUAUCAUUUUGAAACACUGCAGUUUACCAUGGGACACUGUAUAUAUUUCUUGCCAUAAUGGUAAAUGACUGAUUGAUAUAUUUAAGAGUUAAUAAAUUUGUGAUUUCUGCUGA